AUGGAAAAAAGGGCCAUAAACUACUAUGACAACGUUGUACUUGCAUCCAAGUUAAAACUGGCCAAUGAGCAGAUUAGUCAGCUUCAAGAGAGGAUCAAAAGAAGCUCUGACGACUAUUUUAAAAUGGAGCAGAUGAUGAAGCAGAUUUACUACAAUGACUUGAGGGAGCUGAAGAAGGAAUCCGAGGAGCAGAUUAUGGACAACAGGAACAAGAUGAACUUGCUGUUACAAAUAUACAAUGAGAAUCAGCAGAUGUGGAACGACCGGAAACAGCUCCUCAACACUGUGCUGAACGACUACAUUGUCAAUAUCAACGACUGUCUUGCCGUUAAGGAUCUCUACGACGUGUUCGACGCCCACAAUGCUGGAGCAGUAGGCCAGGAGUAG